UUUCCUUGGAGAAUUGAUAAAGACACCAACAAACCGGAAAACAAUGGAUAAAGUUCUCUUUUAUGUUGAUCCUGUUUCGGAACCCUGCAGGUCUGUGCAAAUGUUCCUGGAUGCUACCAACAUUCCCUAUGAAGCUAAAAUUAUCAACUUACUAACCGCUGAACAUCGUACAGACGAGUAUAAGGCUAUUAAUCCAACUCAAACUGUACCAGCCAUUGCUCAUGGAGAUCUUAAAUUAUUUGAAAGCGUUGCUAUUCUCAUCUACUUGACUGACAAAUUUUCUACACCUGAUCAUUGGUAUCCAAGCGAUUUAAAGAAAAGAGCAAAGAUAAAUGAAUACCUUCAGUGGCAUCACAUGAAUACGAGAUGGAAGGGUGGACUGCUUGUCAUGCUGAAGUUUGUCUUCCUUCCCAUGUUCCUCAAGGUGGAGGUCAGUGAAGAGGAACAAAAUGCUGCCAUCACUGCUUUGAAGGAAACGUUAGAUGUUUUCGAAAAGUGCUUUCUCAAAGACAACAAAUUUAUUGCUGGCGACGAAAUCUCAAUUGCCGAUUUGAUGGCUAUCGGUGAACUUAUCGCACCUGAUGGCAUUGGUAUUUACGCUGGUAAGAAUAGGCCAAAAGUUGAAGCAUGGCAUAACAGAGUUAAGGAAGCUCUUGGUUCGCAUUAUGAUGUAGCACAUAAAACACUUUAUGAGCUUGGUAGUACUUUAAAAAGUGGACUGUCAAAGUCGAUUGAUUACUGAAACACUUGAAUAGAUUUUGGUUGGAUUACCCUUGAUGUUGUAGGCUUGCCGGAUACCUAGUAGUCUUACAGUAGCAUUAAAUUACGCAAUAAGUAUUCAAUGUAAGAGUAGAAAGAUGCUAGAUGAUCCACUGUCUUGCUAUUAGCGUGCGAUGCUAAAAAAUUUGGACUGAAUAGG